AAAUGAAAAACUCUGUAAAUAAUCAAGAUGAACAUGAUGGUUUGCGACUUCUCCAGUCAUUUGGGUGGAAAGGAAUGUUACCAUCUUGUUACAUGGUGUGGAUUUUAUAUUCUUUAUUGGUUAUCACUAAAAUAAUCCUUCUGUUCAAGCUAGAGAUUCCUCAGAAUUUAGACGUGUCAUCUUCUCGAUUCAGUCCCCAACUCUUGAAACUUCUUCUGGCUGCAUCGGCCGUCGUCUUUCUUCUGCUUGUGGAGAGCCACCAUGAAUCCGACUCUCAGUCAGCCCGCCAGUCAUACAUCAAUUUACUUUCAGCAAGCACUACCUUUGAAAUAUUUGACAGUGUUACCUUUCUUGGAAUUCUGUUUACAAACGAAUCACGAAUUGUGCUUCCUCUAGGUCUCUUCAACGGGAUUCUUGCUCUUUCUUGCAUCAACUUUAUACUUCCAACUAUAGCACUUUACAAGUUGAGUCUUUCGGCAUUUGGUCUGAAGCCAGUCUCUUUAGGCCUGAGUUUACUCUACAAAUUUGCACAUUUGUUUCUUGUAAACGUUCCUUACUUGUGGAUCAGGGUCCACUUGUGGACCUUUUUUGAUCGAGAUAUUUCCCUUUUCCUAAUGAAAAACAUCAUUGCUAUAGUCAUCUUGAUACGUUUGUCUAUACCUGAAGUUAUUCUUUGGUGGCAGUUGCAACGAGAAAAAUCUGAAAAUGAUGACAAGAGAAGAGAUGGAAAUUUAGAACUUGAAGUUAUGUACAAAGAACCUGAAUGAUUAGUCUUUGUUUAUAUUACAAGAUAAUUUUCACCUGAACACGGUAGUGUUAAAGAUUAAAUCUGUUCAGAACCGACAGUAUAUAAACUUGAGGGUAAUGGAAACUAGUGAUUAGUUUUUUAUAAAUUGCCUUCUCACUAAAAGUUAAUAUGAAGCGGGUGCUUUCUUUUCCAGAUAUGUAUUUUUUACAGUUUGAAAUCUAAUAUCAUAUUAAGAUACUAGUAUAUAUAUUGUCUCAGAUGUAGUGUGUCUUAAUACUUCAUUACAAAACAGUAUGCUGGUUAGAUAUCUAGUUUUGUCCAAAAAGGUAGAGGAUGGCCUCAAUCUCAUCGUGGAAAGUAUCGCACAAGACAUCUUUAGAGACCAUACAUAUCUCUUCACCCAUUUAAGCUACCUUCCUUGUGCAUCUGCCUUAGAAGUUUGCAUGCCACAAGAUUUCCUGCGAAUUGUGCUAAUGCAUAUUGAUGUUAUUAUCUCUCCACCAAUAGGAGGGUGACACACCUCCUUGCACACUAACUCCCUCUAUGCUUUUGAAUUUAUGAAUCUUCAUUCUUUUCCUUCUCAUUGAACAUAUCAAAAAUGUUUUUUCUUUUCCAGUUUAACAAGAUUUGCGAUGUUUAAGGAACCUAAUUUCAUUCUUUUUUUUUCUACAAACUACGAACUUACUAGUUCAUCUAACAUCUUCUACUACUUUUGUUCACUGGGGAGAUGACAUGCUCGCCAUUGUACGUAGGGUAGUGGAUUCCCUUAUGCAACCAGGACCUUCAGCUCCAGUUCCUUCUUUUAGGCAUUCCUUCCCCCCUCAAUUUGUGGGGAGAAUGAAGAAGAUGAAAUUGGUUCUUUUCUUUUUCUGGUUAUUCUUUGAGAACUUCUCUCCCUGUUGUAGAGAAACCUUAAAUAUCAUUAAGAUUUAAUUUCGCAGGUAUGCACCAUUCUUCCCCCCAAUGUGAAAUAUUCUUUGUCGUCUUCCCUACUUUUUAAUCUUAACUCUAAUUAACUUUGUUUACAUUUCCUUGACCAGUUACAUUCCCACAACUUCAGGCUGUGCCCUCCCUGUCUAUAUGGUUCUUAUAUCCUCAGUUUUAGUCAUUCUAAAUCCCAUUUCACAAUUCUCACAUUUGAGAUUGCCUUUGUCUCUUCUUUUUGGGGGGAGGAGAGGUACUGUUGACGUUCAUUUCAUCCUCCAGUGCCCAAUACUCCUGUCUUCACCUGAUCCUUUUUACUAUGCUUUUUUACCUCUCCUCUCUACAACACAAGUCUGAGGCACUCCGCUGUGCCUAGUGAAUUUUGUGAGUGAUUCUUGUUCCCUUUACUUCUCCACUGUGACCUGUUCCACUUCCACCAUUUCCCUGCUCACUUGGUUCUUUGUUGCUGGGAAAUGUUUGGUAGGGAUACUCUCCUAUCCCAAGUUUCACUUCUACUAGAUCUUUUCUUUGCCCUAAGUUUAGGAGAUAUUCCUGAUUUGUUUGAACUGUGGGCUGAGGCUGCCUAUUAUCAGUCCUUGCUUUCGUCCUUUAUUUCCACACUACACCAUAUACCAAACCCAACUUUCCAUCAUUAUACCUGGAAUUAGUCCCCAGUUUCCCAUCUUUCCUCUUCUACCCCCUGUCAGACUUGUCAAGCUCAUCUGAAGGGAAUUCAUUGAGGUAAUUCUUUGCACCAGCCCCUUCCACCACUUCAGCAUGGGAUUCUAACCUAAUUGUGUGUGUUGUCUCAGAAGGUAACACCUUCCUUACCUGAAAAUGUAUUUUCAAUAGAGCGCCCCCCAGUGGCACAGCGGUAUGUCUGCAGAUUUACAAAGUUAGAAACUGGGUUUCGAUACCUGUGGUGGGCAGAGCACAGAUAGACCAUUGUGUAGCUUUGUGCUUAACUUCAAACAAACAAACAAUUUACGAUAGAUACUUUCCUCUGAACACACACAUGCCCACCUUUCCUCCCCACUUCUGAUGCAUCUCAAUAUUCCUUUCCUUGUCAGAAAGUGAAGAUUCAAAAGUACAAAAGCAUAGAGGGAGUUAGUGUGCAAGGAGGUGUGUCACCCUCCUAUUGGUAGAGGGCUUUUGCUGCAUAAAAUCGUACUGCAGAAGUGCAGUUCACAAGAAAUCUUGUGUGAUCAGGUGGAAGUUUCCUUAAAGGCCAAUCUCUACGGCUGAUACACAGGGGAGGAUAGCUUAAUUGUAUGUAGAGGAAUCUAUUACAAAUACAUUUUUAGGUCAGAAAAAUGUUAACUUUCUGUAGCUGUUCCAGAGGCCAAGGAAGGCUCUGAUGCAUUUAUCCAAAAUAUAUCAUGUAUGCUCGAUGAAAUUGGGAUGACCAGAAUUUGUAUGUUAAACUACUGAAAACCAGUCCUGCACAGUGCAAGUCUGGUAGAUGAUAACAUCGUCAUUCUUAAAUAUUCUAUCCUCUCCUGGACACAGAAGCAUAAUUGCUAAAUGAACUUGAUCCUGAAAUGCAAUGAAAGGACCAUGUCGCCACCUCCAGCGGACUGAACUACUGAAACGAUACAUCCACCACAUUCAAAUUCUGCCAUGCAUUGGAAGUAGGGUGAAAUGUGAUUCAUUGAACCACAUAGUCUUUUUCUAUUGGUCAGUUCACCAAUCAUAAUUCUCCGGGAACUGGUGCCGAGGUGUACUACAACCAUAACACAUGGUACAUGAAAUAGGCUAUUGUUAACAGUUUCUGACAGUUGGGCCACUGCAUCACAACUGGUACUUGUUACAGUAAGUUGCAUCCGCCUAUGACUCGACCAAUAUAAUGUCCCUAACAUCCUUCUGAUUUUGUAUGAUUACUGUUAAAUAGUUGCAUAUGGUUCUCAUGACUCGGACUCAGUCAAGCAUUGGCCCACUUACAACAAGAGUUGGGGUUUCUAGGGAACCGUCUUGACAGACACAUUAUUAUCAUUGGAUGGAUAACCAUAUGCUUGGGCUGGUCAUAUAAUGUCCCUA